CCUGCCAUGAACGCCAUGAGAAAAAGGAAGGGAAGGAGAAGGAGGAGGAGGAAGAGGAAGAAGAGGAGGCCGAGAGCAAGAAGAAGCUUCAGACUUAAUUAAUUAUCUACAUAUGGUUUAAUUUGUGUUCCAUUCUCACGUGUGCUGUUUGCUUUCAGUUGUCAGUAAGUGCAGGUUUUGUAUGGCUUGAUCGCCUGUGUAUCUGAUAAUUAUGGAUUGCAUGUUUUAUUAAGUUUAAACAAUUUUGGAUAAGUAAGAUGCUGUUGAUUGUUGGUUACUUGGAGUUUUUUUUCUUUUACAGAGGAUUCUCUUAGUUGGUCUU